UUUUAUAUAGGUAUAACUUUUUGCUGAACUUGAUGAAAAUGCGGUUUCUGAGCGCAACUUCCUGCUGUAAACUGUCAAACUGACAUUGAUAAUGCAUUGACACAUGCUAUGGACGGUAGAAGCAAGGAACAUAUUAGGGCUAUAACCGCGAAAAUCGAAGUUCGUUAAGUGCGGGCGUUUUUCUCUGUCACUCUAAUUACGUCUUAAUGAGAGUAAAAGAGAAAAAUCCCCGCAACUUCAGUUUUCGCGGUAGGCCCCCGGGCCUGAUAAAGUGUGUAUCUAAUUGGUACUUAAAAAUUAGUAUUCAAGUUUAAUAAAAUUGUUUAGGCUAGGCCUCAAAAGCACGAGCGCUGUUAUAAAGGGCCCUCCACACUCGUGCGCGAAUCGAGGCGCGAAGCCGCGAACGCGAGUGUGGAUGGCCCUCGCGUCGAUUUCGCAGAUUGUUCACGCCUUCGCGACUUAUUCCCCGUUUUUGUCGGUAUUUGGCCCGCGUCAAUGGAGACGCGAAGCGCGAACUUGCAAGACUCCACACUCGCAAUCGCUUCGCGCCGCGAUUCGCUCACGAGUCGGUUAAUCUGUUAAACUGUCAUAACCUUCUAUGGCGGCUACUUGGUUAUUGGGUGCGAAUUUGAUCAACCAAAAAUCAAUUUGACUGUUCCCAAGGUUGAAUCAGUGCUUUGCCACAAACUAAAUCCAAUCAGCUGACGCUUCGGCGCCAUCUUGCCGCGAACCAAACUGCGAAAUCGCCGUGAAGUUGUGCGAGUGUGGAGUCUACGUCAACGUCACGGUAUGUUCGCUCCGCGAAGUCGCGCCGCGAUUCACGCGCAUAGUCUGGAGGGGAUUUAACGUUUUAAACAUAGAUAUAUAUAGAUCUAUGGUUUAAAAGCGUUUACAUGGCACAAACUGAUCGCUUCUUUGUCGAGCGUUGUUGGUUGUUGGAUUUCCAAUUGAGUGUUGGCCAUUAAAUUUAGUGUACAGGGGGCCUACCGCAAAAACCGAAAUUCGCAAAUUGCGGGGAUCUUUCUCUUUUACUCUCACUAAAACGUAAUGAGAGUGACAGAGAAAUAUGCCCGCAAUUGACGAACUUCGAUUUUCGCGGUUAUAGCCCAGGGGGCCUACCGCGAAAACCGAAAUUCGCAAAUUGCGAGGAUCAUUCUCUUUUACUCUCACUAAGACGUAAUUAGAGUGACAGAGAAAAAUGCCCGCAAUUGACGAAUUACGAUUUUCCCGGUAGCCGCCCAGACCUUCCAACAUAAGGUUCGAACGUGACGCUUAGCUAAUGGUGCGGAUGCAAGAGUAAUAUAUUUCCAUCGGUAAAAAAAGCAACAAUUUAUUACCCCAUAGAAAAUUUGAAUUUCGCGCCUUUUUCUACUAACGUGUGCGUGUGCUAUAAAAAACGUUUUAACCAAAUGCGACGUUUAUAGAUGAAACCGAAACAGCCUAGUUCUUAUUAUCAGUUGUGUUGGUUCACACUGUCAUUAGUGUCAUUAUGACAGUCUUUGCAACGAAAGUGGGUGUGUUGUUGUGUGUUUAAGUUUAUCAUUCAACUUUACAAUUUUAUUGAAUUUAAAACAUACAAACACUUCAGUAAUUCCCUAAAAAUUAUAAUGCAUCAUAUAUAGUGGCACAUAAAACUCCUGCAUUUACCCUUGGCUUAAUUGGAAAUUUGAUCAAUAUGGAUUACGACUAUCUUAUAAAACUACUGUGCGUUGGCGAUUCAGGAGUUGGAAAGACUAGUUUUCUGUAUAAAUACACCGACGGCGUUUUUCACACUCAGUUUAUCUCGACAGUUGGUAUUGAUUUUAGGGAAAAAUCUGUGAUUUACCAACAGAAUGCAAGGCAGCAUAGAAUACAUCUACAACUGUGGGACACCGCAGGGCAAGAGAGGUUCAGAAGUCUCACAACAGCCUUCUACCGUGAUGCAAUGGGUUUUCUGCUUCUCUUCGAUCUGACUAAUGAGGCCUCUUUCCUGGAGGUCAGGAAUUGGAUUGAGCAGUUGAAGACACACAGUUUGAGCGACGACCCCGACAUUGUCCUCUGCGGGCACAAAUGCGACCUUCAAGAGAAACGCCUGGUCAACCAGAAUCGAGCUCGAGAGUUCGCUAAAAACUACAACUUGCCUUAUUUAGAGACCAGCGCAAAGUCCGGACAGAACAUAGACCGGGCUAUAGAGAUACUGUUAGACAAAGUGAUGAUUAGGAUGGAGUCGUCAGUGGAGUACGCGAUGUUGUGCGCGUCGGGGCGGCGGCGGCAGUCCUUGCAGAGACUGCAGGCCAAGCAGGACAGCAAGCCUUGCUCCUGCUAGACUGAAGGCGGUCCCACUGCGGCGUACACUACUAUAGAAGCUACUAGAAUGACGUAUGAAACUAUUAAGUAGGCGUGCGUAAGGUCAGUCGCACAUUGCACACAUUUUCAUACGAAAUUUACGCAACCGUAAGGACGAUCAAGACGUUUAGUAGAAUAUGAAUGCGUUCACUCGUUUGCAUAUCUACGCCUUGAAUUUGUUCAACUGUGCGACCGGCCAAAGAAUAGCAUUAAUGGAAAGCGUGUUGGAAAAAAAACAAUCUUCAUUUAAUACGAAACGAAUUAAAAAAACGGAUGUAGCGCGGUUGUGCACUGCAGUGGGCUUUCGGAUUUAUUAUCUGUGAUUUUAUACACUCCUAAUAUUUUACAAUUAUUUUCGAUUUUUUGUCCUAAGUGCCAAAGACACAACUAUCGUAAACAGUCAAAUUUCUAAAUUUUAAAUGAGUAAUAUAUAUUUUUUAGUUUAGCCUUAAACUAUAUUGGGACUUACUACGGUAUGUGAGACUGAUUUUGAUUUUAUAGUACAAAUGAACUAUUUAUUGGCGGGCUAAAACGGUUAUAGAUAGGUAGUAGAAAAUAAUGAAUACGGUUACUACUACUAGACCGCGAGCCAGGAGCAUAAAAUGCCCGCCCCACGGCUGAUAAAAUGCCGGAUUUAGAGGUCUGGAGGCCUCGGGCAAUAAAGGAGUGGAGGCCCCCUGGCUCCAAAUUAUUUUCCAAAUAAAAUGGUAAAUUUUCCGAAGUCUAUUGUGGGGGCCCCUCUGUUGUGGAGGGCCCAGGGCUGUAGCCCCGGUUGCCCUCCCCUAAAUCCGGCCCUGGGCUGAUACUUUAUCAGGUGAUACUUUAGAUGCUAUUUUAAAUAAAAAAUCAGCCGGUUGUGUCGCGGUGAAAAGACCGUCAGCUGGUCCCAUGAAUAUGUAAAACUAAUUUUAUCCGCAAAGUAUGCAUAAUCCGUUUAUUGAAACACCUGAUGGAUUCAUGAUUUUGUUAUCACUAAACACAAAAAAGUAAAGCGCUUAUUUUUUACAUGUUCAUGCGACCAACUGACGUUCUUUUCACCGCGAUACAACCGGCUGACGAUUUUUUAAAUUCACAAUAACAUCUGACAAAGUAACAAACGGGAGCGAUGUAAAAAAAAUGCCAUUCCUCAACCCACCAACGGAGCGGCAUCUAACGCUCACGAGGGUUCAUCAUAAUUAGCCGUUAAUCACUAUACGAGUUAUCGCCUGGAAAGCGAUUGGUUAUGGAUAACUGUUCCUGGCUCACGGUCUAUACUGUCAGCUUCAUAUACCUUAAAGGAUUGAACUUUUACUUGGUCUCCAUAGGCUGUAUUGAAAAUGGGUUAUGCGCUAUUUCAGUCAGUCCGCUCAGAACUAAUCGACGUUCGACGUAUGUGAUAACUGCGGUACCUGCAAAAGAUUCAUGCUGUAUAGUUUUCAAACGCCGCACAAGCGCCGUCAUAGCAACGCAGAACAUAAUCAUUAUGGACCAACAUACUGACUAUUGAGCGAGCGACCCCCAAGUCCCUACCCGACAAGUCGAGCCGAUCACAAGCGCCUCCCAGGCGAUUUACAUAGUCGUGCGGAGGAAGCCCCCUCUUUUUGUUAUUGAGCAGCGGUACUAAGCAGGUCAGAGAUAAGAGUUGAACCUUCCGCGCCACCGGUCGGUCCCUUAAUGCAGGGCUGAGAAGUGAACGCAGGCUUGCCAAGCACAAGUGCAGCAAACCGUGCUAAACUCCUCAUUUCACCUCAACCGCUCUUCACCCCUGCUCCCACCCGCAUUCACGGAUGGUGCAAGGGAAACAACAUCGGCACCCCACAUGGUCCACUACUGUGACUCAGUAUUCGCAUUCGCGCUCAUCUCAGUCGCCUUUGAGAUGCUGUGUUGCGGCCCGCUGUUCUCUUAGGAACUCUGUGCACUCUUUAGUUUCUUAUGCAACACUUACGAGUUCUCGGUGCGUCGUGUCCCACACCCAUUUACCCUUGAGAAUGUCUCCCAUUUGGAUUUUUGGAGCAACCGUUCCCCCAUCGGUCUCGGCAGCGGUGCCUCUAGCAGGCUGGGGGUAGGAGUUGAUACAUCAGGACUCUCUUCACGCUGGUGCACCCGUUACAGAAAGGGCUGUUGUGGGUUGUGUGUUGUGUGGCACGGCCCUCCUAGUGAACCCAAUGCUCACCAACCGAAACGGUGGUAGCAUUUCUAGGAAGACUCGUACUACACUUCUCCCAACACCCCAGUGACCCCGCUGGAGCCUGAAAAGGGCGGCGAAUCCACUGAAGGUUGGGUACCCUUUCUGGAGUAACUAUAACUAACCCGCACUUCCCAGUUCUCUCACAAUAAGGAAGCGAUAACCUGGGAGUCAUAGUUACUCCCGCCCUUAAAUACACAAGAGCUUGUUUUGCACUUUGAUACUAAAGUCAUUGAGAAAUAAGUAAGUAAACUUAGAGUGCUCACUCCAAACAUGAGUUUCCUUACUUGAUGAUAAUAAUUUAUAUGGGAGAUCCCUACGUCCGGUUGAACGUAUUAAUAAUAUGUUUGAAGGGCACUUAAAUUAUCUUAAAUCUUAUUACAAAUAAGUUGUCCCAAACCUCGCUUAAAUCAUAUUAUAAAUUGGUAUUUAUCUAAGUAUGGGGUGAGCACUGAGCUAUUUCUCUAUGCUAAAGUAUAAAAGUGGAUCAUACAGUACAUCUUGAUGAUUUCUGUAAUCACUGCACUAUGACUCCACGAAUAAUCUUCAUGGGUCUAAGCACCAAGCAUGAAAUUCAUUCCAGUCUGAAUUCGAUUCAAUACUCUAUUGUUUCGUGUAAAAUAUUUCGAAAUCCAGUGGUAAAAAUGGAAAAUGACGUAAAAUUUCAAUUCUUUUAGCACAAAUACGAUUUGGCGGAUUGUAAGUGAUGUGUAAAAUACACUGUAUACGGUGUAGGUACCAGGGUUUUUUUGUGAACCAAAUUAUGUCUAGGCAAUUUAUUAUAUACCCACCCUAAAUUAUUUAUUGUGGCACAAAGUGUUAUUAUUUCACUAAAUAUUGCACGAUAUUGUUUUGUGUGCAUAUUAUAUUAUAGUAUUAAUAAGUAAAGAGAUCUCUUAAACUCUUUUGUAUUUUAAUAAAGCUAGUCGAUUUUAACAAUCUUUUUCUACAUAUAAAUACAUACAUAUUUACGACCAAAUCAUUCCAAAUUUAUCAGGAUUAUGUCCUGUACAUAAUUUAAUUAUACAUAUUUAUAUGAACACAAUAUUUAAUUACAUAUACUGUAGAUUAGUACCUAAGCAAAAUAAUUAUUAAUCAUUAAGUAAACUAAAGGUUUUUUUGUAUUACUUAAUCGAUAUAUUUUAUCAGUAUUCUGACUUUGACAAGGUUAAAAACUUAUGAAAUGAGGCUAAAUGAAAAAUAAAAUAAACAUAAGUGUGUAACUUAUCAAUACCCAUAUCAAGGAAAGUGAGUUUAGUACAUUUUCUAAAGGAAUUUAUUAUUGUAAUAUAUUAAUUAUAGUUAUCAGCAGAAGAGUCGAGGUAAAUGAUUAUACACACAACAGCUAGCCCGAGUGCUAGUUGCCCAAAAGCCAGCGAAUGUUGAAACAUUUGGGACGCAAUAUUGUGUCUAUGGGAUUCAACGGGUUAAGCCCCCAGUGACGCAAUAUUAUACUUAUAUUGACGAAGCUCUCAGUCAAUAUUUUGACUUCGAAUAACGAUCCAUAUGACUGACACGUAUCACUGACAGUUAUUCCUUCUCAAUAAAUACAGAGCGACUGGUAAAUCGACCUAUUCCUUGAAAGGGGUUAUUCUAGAGCUUAUUUACAAUGUUUUUAGUCCAGCCAACUAGGGGUCUAAAUUCAAUGGUUUUCGAGUUAUUUAAGUUUUUAGUUUUUUUCGAUAAAACGCCAUCUUCCGACCUAAGAAUGGCGAUUAUAAAAAAAGUACAAGAUUUAGGAUGGUUAAUUUUUGUUUUAUGAUUUUAAUUUUUGUUUGUUGCUACUUUAGCUGACGAUUUUUGAGCUCUAGUCAGACAAUACAUUAGAUAUUCUAGUUCGUUGGUUAAGGUUUAAAGAAUCUUUUUAGUCAAUAUUAUAUUUGGCUGUCAAACGCUGUGUGAUCUCAACUCUGGUGCCGAUACCUACUUACCUACUACUAUACCUACUUUAAGCUGUCUAUAUCCUAUUCUAGUCAUUUGAGUAUUAAAUUGUAUGAAAAUUUUUGUCACUGUACAGACAAAAACUUUAUUUUUACAGUAUUUUGACUGAUCUCAAGGUACCUAUUUCUAUUAAAAAAAAUUAUAAAAUCGUAUAAUACCAUUGGAUAUUGACAUAAUAUGUAUUUGUAUGAAUGUAAUAAACGCCUAUAUCUUCUAAGCUAAAUUAGGUUAUGAGAAGAAACGGUUUGAAUAUCUUUAAGCUUACAUAUUUAACAUUGUUGAGCGGGAAUUAUAUAUUACUCCGUAUUUGUUGAAAUGCGUUAUACGAAGAUAAUAAGACCAUGAUUUUACUUAAUAUUUUGAUUACAAUUGUUAAUAUUUAUUUCUUUGCGAUAGGCAUAUAAUGGUGGAUGUGAAAAGUUGACGUAUUCGUAAAGUCCUCAAAAUAACCUUACCAAAGUUAUUGGAGUAGACAUACAUAUGCGGGUCAGACACUAUCAAUAAGAAUGAUAUUAAUUUAAUAAAAAAUUAAUAACAUUAUCAUUCCUUCUUUCCAUUCCAAUUUUCAAUUCAUUUCGGUUUAGUGAUACUGUUUAAUUUUGUAAUUUGAAUGUACUAUAUACCUACUUAAAAGAAAUUCCUUUCAAGUAAGAGAUGUAUAAGUAAUGUGUUUGGCCUGAAUUAGAAUUGUCUAAAAUACACUAAUAUUUGCGUGUGUGAAAUUCAUGACAUUUCCGCCUUAUGGUAUACAUGUAAUAGGUAAAUUCUAUUAAUCAAAGUUUUAUGUACAUAUUUGGGCCGAUUUUUAUUUCGAUGUUAAUGUUUUUAGUGACUUAUGGGUCGGUUUUUAUUUUCUUGUCGACUUUUUUUCGUAAGUAUUACAUAUAAUUUUUAAGAAAAAACCGACUUCAAUAAGGGGUGAAAGAAAGAUUAUUGUUGAUUUUGGAUUUCAUAAAAUGAAAUAAAAAAGAGAGCGUCGUACGUCAAUUUUUUUUCUUUUUAUACUACGUCGGUGGCAAUCAAGCAUACGGCCCGCCUGAUGGUAAGCACUCUCCGUAGCCUAUGUACGCCUGCAACUCCAGAGGACAUGCGUGUUGCUGACCCUAACCCCCCCCCUCGUUGAGCUAUGAUUAGGGUCUAGUGUUAUUUGGAAUGAUGUAGAAAAGGAGGUAAAAUAUUUCACAACAUGCAUGAAAUAAAGCAACAUAUAAUUUUUAGAAAAACAUUAUAGCAGUUAUUUUUAAACACAAGUUCUUUUUAAUAAAUAGGAAAGACAUAUAAAUAUGAACAUGCGAAGAAAACGAAUUGCCAAACGUGAACGUUCAAGAGUUCCGUUCUGUUCAUCAUCACCAGUUCCAUUUCAUCAAAUGUCACUUCUACAAAUGUAAAUGCGUGAUUUGUUAAUGAAAAUACUAAGAUUACUAUAUAUAUAUGCCUUUAACAUUUGAGGAGUUCCCUCGAUUUCUCAUGGACUCCAUCGUCAGAACUCGAAUUUGGCAAAAAUUGGUCUUGAAAAUCUAAUUUGCUACAUACAUCGCCACGAAGAGGAUACAUCGCCAAACGUGAAUUAUGCGUCCUUAAAGAGUUCCAUUCUCAUCAUCAUCAGCAGUUCCACUUCAUCAAAUGUCAAUUUUUUAAAUGUAAAUGCUUGAUUUGUUAAAGAAAAUACAAAAAUCACUAUACGUAUGCCUUUAACAUUUGAGGAGUGUCCUCGAUUCCUCAUAGAUUCUACAAUCAGAUCUCGAACUUGACAAAAAUUUGUUUUAAAAACCUAAUUUGCCUAACAAACAUAACGAAGAUGACAAAUCGCCAAGCGGGAACUAUGCGUCGUUGAUGAGUUCCAUUCUGAUCAGCAUCAGCAGUUCUACUUAAUCAAAUGUCACUCCUCAAAUGUUAAAGGCAUACGUAAAUUAAAUAAAUACAGAUUGGUUCCGUUUUUUUCAAAAUCAGUUCAGUGGCCCAUCAUCAGAACUGAUUUUGACAAAAACGGAACCAAUCUGUAUAUAUUUAAUUUAAACCAAAAAAAUAUUUUUUUUUAUUGGUUCAGAAUGACGGAGUUAUCAAGUAACAAACAUUAAUAAAAAAACAUACAACCGAAUUGAGAACCUCCUCCUUUUGAAAUCUCGAAGGCGGUUAAAAACUUGGCCGGGUUAAGAAGGUCCUCAUUAUGGGUGUAAUAAAUUCAAAAUCCCAAUUUGAUACGAAAAAUUUAAUUUUUCAUUAACUUACGAAAAUACCAGUGGAAGAUUAGGACAUACGCUGAAAUUGCGCUUAAUACAUACCUACAGAAUUGGGAAGUAAGUUUAAGUAUAAUCGAUAUCUGACGAUUAAAAAAAUCGGCAAGAAAAUAAAAAUCGACCCAUUCACUACUCCAUGGCAAAAGUUAGAUCGCGUUAAAACUGGUUGACAAAAUAUAUAUACCUAUAUAUUUUUUUCCAUAACGGGAAGGUUGCAAAGUAUUCCUAAGUACUCUAUAUAAUAGGCAGAUUGUAUUUGUUGUAUACCUAUCAAAGAGAAUUUGAAAUAGGGGUGGAUUGACAAAAAAAACUUUGUAGUGACAGUAAAUUUACUGUCAUCUUUCGACACAUGAUUAAAACCUAGGUUAACUAACAAAUUCAGAUUAUGGCGCCAUCGCUCGAAA